AAAAAAAAAAAAAAAAAAAAAAAAUCUUCGGUUUAUAGUUAUUGCACACGCUUUAGGUUGGGAGGCUUGCUCGCCCAUUGAUCUCUCUCCAAUUUGAAUCGUCCCAUGGCCAAAAGCGCGUUCAAGAUGGAGCACCCUCUCGAAAGGAGACAAGCAGAAGCUGCUCGCAUAAGAGAGAAGUAUCCUGACAGAAUUCCAGUGGUCGUGGAAAGGGCUGAGAAGAGUGACGUGCCAGAAAUUGACAAGAAAAAAUACCUGGUGCCUGCUGAUCUGACUGUUGGCCAGUUCGUGUAUGUGGUUCGGAAAAGGAUCAAGCUCGGUCCUGAGAAGGCUAUUUUCAUUUUUGUUAAGAAUAUUUUACCACCCACAGCGGCUAUGCUGUCUGCAAUUUACGAGGAAAAUAAGGAUGAAGACGGUUUCCUUUACAUGACCUACAGCGGGGAGAACACAUUUGGGACAUUCUGAAAACUCAGAACAAUAAAACAAGUUCAAGGAGUUGUAAAUUAUCUUUCUGUCCAGUAGUUUGAUGAUGCACUUGCUGAGACAUGUUCUUGGUUUUGGAUUGAUGACCCUUUAUGUUAUGUAAGUAGAUGACAAUGCGUGCGUUUUUGUGUGUUCGUAAUUAGAUCCCCAA